CCUUUGUCGCAAAGAAAAAUGGACUCGAAUUAUCAAUCUUCCGCCCCCCGUCUAAAGAUGACGGAGGGGAAUAACCCCAUUGUCCUUAUUCCCCAGCCAUCCGAUGACCCCAAGGAUCCAUUGAACUGGAGUACUCGCAAAAAGAACUUUAUGCUUUUUGUUCUCUGUUACGCAGGCUUUGCUGCUAUGAAUCUUCCCUCCAGCCAGCAGCUCACCUACUACGUCCAGACGUCAGCUUAUCCAGGACGCACAGAGGUGGAUCUUUCAUACUCUGUCACCGCCUGUGUGAUUGGCCUCGUCUUUGGUCCCCUUAUGUUUUGGCCUCUGGCGCGCAAGGUUGGCCGGAGCUCGCUUAUGCUCUGGAGUCUGGUGGUGGGUUUUGUCUGCCAGAUUUGGGCGGCGCUCAUGACAGGGCCGGAUGAUUAUAUUCCCUUCAUUCUAUCCCGUGUUGUUUCAGGCAUGGCCUCCUCUAUCCCAACUGUUCUGGGGCCUUCAUAUGCUGUUGACAUCUUCUUCCUCCACCAACGUGGGCGCGUCUUUUCCAUCUUCGAGCUUAGCUUCCUUCUUGGAGUCAAUGUCGGCCCUACUAUCAGUGGCUUCAUUGUCAAUUACACUUCCUGGACUUGGGCAUUUUGGUGGACCCUGAUACCUUGUGGUCUGGCAAUUUUGCUCGUCUUGCUCUGUUUGGAGGAGACAGGCGGAUGGUCAACUUCACCCGGAGCUGCUAAAUACCCACCUCAACCCACGUCAUACUGGGCCAAUCGAGUGGCCACUUUUCUUCCCGGACACAAGAUCAUUCCCCAUGAACCCUGGGGUCAAACUGCCCGGGCCGCGAAAAAGCCCUUCAUCAUUAUGGGAGCACCAAUCACUCUCAUUGCUGGUGGAUAUAUCUUCAUCUGCUUCGCCUUUGUCAUCUUAACCAAUGUCCUGUUGACGAUGUUCUUGGAGGCACCAGUAUCUGAAGGUGGAUACGGAUUUAGCCCCAUGCGGAAUGCAUUCUUCACUCUGGAUGCUUGGUUCUCAAUCCUUGUCACCCAAUUCGUUGGUUGGUGCGUGGGAGACCGCAUCCCUCUUUGGGUCUCACGCCGGUUUGGUAAGGGUGUCUGGCACCCUGAAUACCGACUUUACAACAUCUUGCUUCCAGGCCUGGUAGCACCUAUCGGCCUCGGUAUCUUUGGAGCGGCUAUCCAAUAUCACCUCCACUACAUGGUGCUGGCCCUAGGAUUCUUCUUGAUCGUGUUCAGUUCGAUGCUUGCUGUUCCUAUCUGCCUCAAUUACAUUGUUGAAUGCUACAGGGACGAUGCGAACGAAGCGGCUAUCGCAAUGAAUGCGUAUAGACUUGGCUUUGCCAUUGCCACUGGCUUCAUUUUCUCUCCCUGGAUGGACGCCGUUGGCGUGGGAUGGAUGUUCGGCAUGGCAGCAUUCUUCUCGCUUUUCGCCCUUCUAAUGGUCGGAGUGCUAGUUUGGAAAGGACCUCAGCUCAGAGCUAUCUCUCCAAUGCUAUCUUGCGAGGAGGGCGAGGUCAUUGGACAACACAAGAGCAGCAGCGCUUCAUCAAUCUCCGAUGUAGAAAGUGCGCAGACUGACUCUACUCUAGAGGUCACCUCAGAGCUGAAGGCUUAG